UACACAUCGGCGCGCGCGACGAACUGAGAGAUUGACCUGGAAUUGACCCGGAAUCGCGUCGACGCGAUACGCAUACGGGUCACGCGGAAACUACAGCGUCUUUUUUUUUUGCCGCCGCGUGCCGUGAAGCACCCCUUCCACACACGAGACAAACGCGGCACAAAAAUCCUUAUAUAUGCAUAUAUAUAAUUUUUUUUACGUCGAUUAAAGAGAAUUAACGAGCGCGCGCGAAUAAAUAUCGGACGGCACGUGCCGCUCGAGAAUGCGCAGAAAGAACGCGGAGCGAUUUCGAAUCGCGACGCGGCCGUCUGACGAUCAGCGCGAAUUAACGUUAAUAGGAAUUGAUGUCUGGAUCUAUUCGCUGGUGAAUAUACAAUCGGAUUGCGAUCGUGUGGUCCGACGGGUCGAGAGGGCAGUCGUGUGGAUCGCUCACAGACACGCGCGCGCGUCAAAGAACUCGAUGGAACAGAAGCCCCCUUGUCUUCGCGUCGUGCGUUAUAUGCUCUUUUACAGCCGGCGAUUCCGUCGCUCUCAGUCACGUCCUCGUCUCCAAGCCCGACCGACCCGCGGAGCGUCUCCGUCCGUCGUGCUUACACGAUCUUGAAUACGCCGGAGAGAACCAGGGAGCACCGACUGCAGUCCCCGCGACGCGAUCCUUUUCGAUUUCCUCCGCGGCUGCGACGAUGCGAACGCGAACGCGAACGCGACGUCCGAACGUCGGAGCGACCGAUAGAAUCUCUCGUUAGAUGCGCGUGCAAGCCUCUUUCUCUUCUUCUCUUGAUUCGGUUACCUAAAGAACGGGAGGAAGAUGCGUUCGCUCGUGGCCCACUCGCCUCUGAACACGAUCUGUAAAUAGACCGUGAAUAUAAUAAAGCGAAAGUUCUAACGCUUGUCUUCCAAAUGUGGGAUAUCGUUUAACGUCAUUGGUGUUUUGCAAAGCAUAACAAUGGGAUUUUCAAGAGUUCUACCGCUGCUAAUCGGAGCGCUUUCUCUAUUUUCGAAUAUCGCCGUCGAGCGCGUCGACGACGACGACGGGGAAUCCGAUCGUGGCUUAGAGAUCGGUAUGAAUGACAGCGUCUCCUCGACCUUCUUGAAUGUCAGCCAGGAGACGAACGAGGAUCAGCGUUAUUGGUAUGAGCACCUGGACAGCGCCGACAGGAUGCUAAAAAGCAAAACGGACAUCCUGUCCCGCCUCCUGAAGAUGCACAUAGAUCAAUUGCGAAAUAGAACCGAUCAGGUGGAACUGGUGUUCCUGGUGGACGCGUCCGGCUCGGUCGGCGCGGAGAACUUCCGCAGCGAGCUGAACUUCGUGACGAAGCUCCUGUCGGAUUUCACGGUGGACACGACGGCCGCGCGGAUCGCCCUGGUCACCUUUGGCGGUCGGGGCAGCGUGUACCGCAACGUCGAUCAGAUCUCCAGGCACGGGCCCAACGAUCACAAAUGUUACUUGCUAAACAAACAGUUCAGCAACAUCACCUAUAGCGGCGGCGGGACUUACACGCGCGGCGCGCUUCUCGAGGCGCUAGCAAUCCUCGAGAAGGGUCGCGAAGCGGCGAGCAAGGUGGUGUUCCUGAUAACCGACGGCUUCAGCAACGGCGGCGACCCGCGACCCGCGGCCCACCUGCUGAAGAACACGGGCGCGACCGUGUUCACGUUCGGCAUACGCACGGGAAACGUGGAGGAGCUGCACGACAUCGCCAGCCAGCCCGGCUACACGCACAGCUACCUCCUCGACAGCUUCGCCGAGUUCGAGGCCCUGGCGCGACGCGCCCUGCAUCGCGACUUGAAGACCGGGCAGUACGUGGCCGUGACUCUGCCGACCGAUUGCAACAGCCUCUGCUCGAACAGCACGGCGAACCGGAUUUGCUGCGACGAAUUGGCGACCUGCACCUGCGGCACCGCGACUGGCCAUUACGCCUGCAUCUGCCCGCCCGGCUAUUUCGGUUCCGGUCUCAGGGGCUUCUGCCAACCUUGUCCGAACGGAACAUAUGCUUCGGGGAACACUUCCGGGGAUUCCACCGCCGUAUGCGUACCAUGUCCAGACGCGAAUCACAUCACCGUCAAGGUACUCGCGACCUCGGUGGUCGAUUGUGUGUGCGCCUCUGGAUUUGCCACGGACGGUUACAAAUGCGAGGCUAUAACGUGCCCGAAGCUGAGAAUCCCCGAAAACGGAUACCUGGUGAAGGCGAGCGCCUGCAGCAACGUGGUGCACGCGGCGUGCGGCGUGAGAUGCAGGAUCGGCUUCCACCUCACGGGGGACAGCAUCCGGCUUUGCGGCAAGGACGGCGCUUGGUCCGGCAACGAGCCGCAAUGCCUGCUGAAGACGUGUCCGGCUUUACGCGCGCCCCCGCACGGCCGCGUGAAAUGCGAACACGACGAGGACUAUCAGCACCAGUUCGAGGAGAACUCCACCGUGUAUCCGAUCGACACGCGCUGCCUGUUCCGUUGCGACAUCGGCUUUCAGCUUCGUGGUAGCAAAGUGCGCAAUUGUCUACCUUUGUCCCGUUGGGAUGGCCUGAAAGUCACGUGCAAGGCUGUGAAAUGCGACCCUCUGCCGCAAAUCGCGAACGGCGACAUCACCCCGGAGAUCUGCACCGGUCCGGGAAAGGUGCCCUUCGCUACCAACUGCACAAUCACCUGCAACGAGGGCUUCGCCUUGGAAGGACCCACCGGCAGGACGUGUAUCGGACGCACGGGAAUUUGGUCCCAGCGUCACAGAGUCAAUCGAUGCGUGGACAAGACACCGCCUUCCCUGAAUUGUCCAACCGAGAUCGUGGCGGAGACUGCCAAAGGGCAGAGCUACGCGUACGUGAAUUGGACGGUGCCCGAGGUGACCGACAACGCGAACGCGUCGCCCAUCCUGUGGACAAAACCGCACAUCGUCCUACCCUGGAAGGCGAAGAUCGGCACGCACGUCGUCGCGUACGUGGCGCAGGACGCGAGCGGCAACAAAGCCAGAUGCAAAUUCAAAGUUAAAGUCCUCGAUAGGGAACCACCAACAAUUGAGAAUUGCGUCGACCCGCCAACGUUCUACACCGAUCUUGAUAGCGGUCUCGCAAACGUGACGUGGGACGAGCCGGUCUUCUACGACAAUUCGAGGAUUUCCGUGCACGUCAAUCAGAGUCAUCAACCCGGCAAGGACUUUCUCUUUCCGGUCGGUCGUUCGAAGGUCUUCUAUAACGCAACCGAUAAGUACGGCAAUCGGGCGAGUUGCGUGUUGAACAUUACUGUAGAAGAUGUGUGUAAAAGUCUGAGAGCGCCCGCGAACGGUCGGCUAAACUGUUCCUCGUCGGGCGAGCGCGAAACGCAAUGCGUCGUAGCUUGCGAGGAUGGCUACGACUUUGCGAUCGAGCCGACGAACUUCAAUAUCGUUAACGACGAGCUGCUGCUGAAAUGUAACUCGAGCAGUCACAUGUGGGAAAGCAAUCACCUGCCGGAAUGUUCAGAAUCGCAAACGCCAAAGACAAUAUCUCAGGAGGGGAACGUGAUAUUGCAAAACAACGAAAGUGCAAUAUGCGACAAUCAAACUGCUCUUCGCGAAUUGAGCGAGCACGUUGCCAAUGACUUGAAAUUAAAACUGCUGGGAAUGUGUGACAAUGACAUCGAGUGCGAUCUAGUCAGCUUCGAUCCCAAGUGCGAAGAUGAUCUUUCGUCGUCGAAGAAUAUCGAGGACAACCUAAUAAGAAGACGAAGAUUCGAGCCCGGACACAAACAAGUUCAGGCCACCGAUAUGCUCAGAGAUAGUGAAACGAUAAUGCUCAGAAUAUUGAAACGCGCGGCUAGAUUGAGCCGCGAUCUCAAUAAAAAUAACACCAGAUCUAAACGGAAGAGAGAUAGAAUAGAGAUCAAAUUCAAAUUCAUAGGUAAGAUAAUCGAAGAGAACUUCGACAAUCCCAAACGGGGAGUGCAGAAGUUGAGGGAGAGAAUCGACGCGAUGGCGCAGGUGGGAAAGCUCGACUUGCUCGACAACAGGACCAACCAGGAGAUCGCGAGGCUCGCCCUGAACCUGCACCUCGUGUUCAAGGAGCCGCAGGACCUUUGCGAUCCCGGGAGCGUGCUGAAGAGACACGGUUGCGUCAAAUGUCCCGCGGGCACUUUCUACAAUUCCUCCACCAGGACCUGCCAGCCGUGUCCGUUCGGCCAGUAUCAGGACGCGACCGCCUCGUUGACGUGCGUGCCUUGUCCGGAAUACACCUUCACGAAGAGGAUGCACGCGAGAUCCUUGAGAGAUUGCAUUCCCGUAUGCCGACCGGGAUAUUAUUCUCGGCGCAAACGCUACCACGGAUCGCAUCUGGGCAUGGGGCCUUGUGCCGCUUGCGACAUCGGUUUCUACCAGCCGAGCUACGGGCAGAGUCAAUGCUUGCCGUGUCCGUCGAGCGCGACUACGGAAAAGCGCGGUUCCGCGGAUGUCAAUGAUUGCCUGCCGAUUCGUGACGAGGAAAUUGACGACUGUCCGAUGGAUCCGUGCUUAAACGGCGGUCGAUGCCUACGGGACGAAAGCGGCUUCUUUUGCGAGUGUCGCGAUUAUUAUGUGGGAUCGAAAUGCGAGAGAUUCAGGGAUCCGUGCUACUCGUCGCCGUGCUUGAACGAUGGAACGUGCAAGACGCAGCAGCAUCCUGAUAACUUCGUCUCGUACGAGUGUGCGUGUAAAAGCAGUUACACGGGUGAUAAUUGCGAGAUCUACGUGGACGAGUGCUCCACCAAUCUUUGCCAGAACGGUGGAAGAUGCGUGAGCACCGAGAGCGAUUUCGCUUGCGAGUGCAGGGACGGAUUCGAAGGUCAACUCUGCGAGGUUCCGAUGGAUCACUGCGAGCUCGCGCCCUGCGAGGAGGGAUCCGCGUGUCACACGGUAAAUGGUACCUGGCAAUGCCUCUGCAAACCCGGUUUCCUGGGCCGACACUGCAACCUGUUACCCUGCGACUGGCUGCCGUGCCACGCGAACGCGAUUUGCGUCAACGUCGAGGAGGUAAACGCGACGCGGAGGAGUUACAGGUGCGAAUGCCCCGACGGAUACACAGGGGAGGACUGCGCGACCAAGAUCGAUCACUGCGAGAGCUCGCCUUGCCUGAACAACGGGCGUUGCGUCGACCGCGUGCACGAUUACGUCUGCGAAUGCCCGAUUCCUUUCACAGGACGCGACUGCGAAACUGAACUGUCGUCUGACUACGUGAUGCACUUCACCAAAUCCGGCACAACGGAUUACGUCGCCGUUAAAGGACCCGCGAGGGAUCUCCCCCAGCUGUCCGUUUGCCUGUGGUUGCAAUCGAUGGACACCUUCAACUACGGUACGGUAUUGUCGUACGCGACAGCAUUCUACGAUAACGCCUUCACGCUGACGGACUACAACGGAUUGGUCUUGUACGUUAACGGGGAGAAAGUCGUCACCGAUGUUAAGGUCAACGACGGUAACUGGCACUUCAUGUGCGUCACUUGGCAGAGCGAGCGCGGCUCCUGGCGCGUGUUCGUCGACGGAAUCCUCAAGGACAGCGGCGUCGGUUUGGCACAGGCUACCACGGUGCGAGCCGACGGAUCUCUCGUCGUCGGGCAGGAGCAGGAUCGCCUGGGCGGCGGUUUCUCCGAAUCGGAGGCAUUCCUAGGGAGGCUCAGCUCGCUGGACAUCUGGGACGUCGUUCUGAACGAGAGUGACGUUACGAAGUUGUGGAUCAGCUGCGAGAAGUACCACGGGAAUCUCGUGGCCUGGGCGCAGAUGCGGCAGUACGUUCACGGCGACAUCGCGAUUCUAGCCAGCCCAUUUUGUCGCCGCUGCCCUUUGCCCGUGGUGCCCUUCAAAGGUAACAUUAAAGUGAGCGAGGAUCUGUCUGAGGUAACGUAUUACUGCGACAGUGGAUACAUGGUUCGAUUUGACGGUGAGGAAUAUCGGUCCCUCAGAAGAAAGUGCCUCAAGCACGGCCAGUGGGAGGGAUAUGAUACGCCGAUCUGCACGAAGAUAAAAUGCGGUUUCCCGGGGUACUUUCCGCGCGGACGUAUUCACGGAGAAUCGUAUUCGUUCGAGGACGAGAUAUACUAUUCCUGCACCGAGGGCUACGAGCUCCGCGGAAAUCCCCAUCGCAUCUGCAAUUCCGACGGCAAGUGGAUCGGGCUGCCUCCGAUUUGCAUAGGAACGACGUGCAAAAAUCUGCUCGCCCCAGAAAAUGGAGAUAUAGAAUAUAUAUUAGAAGAGAACGAGAGAGAUGACGUCACGAUAUUACAGGCCGGUCAGCAGCUGGAGUUCAAGUGCAAUCCCGGGUACCGUUUAAUGGGAGAGAGAUAUCUGACCUGUUUGGAGACUGGCGUCUGGGAUUACAAGAGGCCGUCUUGCAUGCCCUACGGAUGCCCUUCGCCAAAGCAAAUAGAGCAUGGCUACAUCAUCUUUUCGAGUUCCGGCCAGUCUUCCGAUCGGGCCUCCGUUCGCGAUCCUGAAAGAAACACGAUCGACGAUCCCUUCGAAAGAACGUAUCACUACAACGAUGUCGUUGGCUUCUCUUGCCAUCGUGGCUACAAGUUUCGCGGGAAUCACAAUCUGCUGACGGAAUUCAAGCUGCAGUGUUCCGCGAACGGCACCUGGACGGGCUUCGUCCCUGACUGCGUCCCGCGCACGUGCCCUUGGCCGGAUCGCGUGGAAGACGCGAGACUCUUCCUCAGGAUGCGGGACAACAUCAUAGUCGAGAUUCCGACGGAGGGAGACAUUACGUUGGAGCCCGAUCGGAAAGCAGAAACGAGGAGGAACGAGAGCGACGCGGCGAGCGGGAUCUCCCCGGAAAUGUUCGUUUCCGGUACGGAAAUCGCCGUCGUCUGUGAUUCAGGAUACGAUAUAGUCGGUGAACGAGUCAGAACGUGUACCGAGGAGGAGAGAUGGUCCUCGACUUUCGCUUCUUGCGAGCCGCGUAAUUGUUCCGUCGAGGAGCAUCCGAUUUUUAAAUUUUUCAAGGAAACGGAGGACAAAACCGUCUUGAAGAACAACAACACGGAUGUGACGUCGCUCGAGUCGGACGAGAAAUGGUAUGGCAAGGGAAAUGUACGCGUGUACAGAGAUUUGGAGAUUUUUAUCGAGGGAAACAGUUACGGACGACGAGUAAUCUUAACGUGUCGAAAUGACGGACGGAUAAAUCUGCAUAAAUCGAUCGCCAACGAGACGAUUUCAAAUAUAACAUGGAUGUGCAACAAAAUCGUAAAAUGGGAAAUUUUGAAUUCGUUACUGCAAGAGUCUAUACUCGAACAGCUGCUGAACGAUUCGACAGAUAUCUGCGUUAGAUCCUGUGCACUUCCGCAAAUACCGGAUGGGUACAUCGACAACGGCAACAACACCGAUGACGAUAACGAUCGCAGGGCGAUCGACAGCGUCGUCACUUUCAAAUGCCGCCACGGAUACAUUCUCGAGGGUGACGAAAGAUCUAUUUGUUUGCCAGACACCAGGUGGUCCGCUUUGCCUUCCUGCAAACCUGUGGUGUGCGGAAAACCACCGGUUCUCGCUAACGCGAUACUGAAGAGUGACGGUGGAACUCAGAAUUACACUUUCGGUAACAUGAUCUCUUAUCAAUGCGUCCCGGGCUAUCGUGUAUUCGGGCAGGCGAAUCUAAGAUGUUUAGGAAGCGGCAAGUGGUCCAGAUUGAAUGGCAGAUGCUCGAAAAUAUCGUGCGGCAAACCGCAGAUCCAGCACGGAACCGCGCUUUACGGCCGCUCGUACUUGUUUCAAGAUCAACUGACGUACGUGUGUCCUGACGGUAAGAAGCGGGGGAUGAUUGCGUGUCAGGCCGAUGGGACGUGGAGCGAGUUGCCGAGAUGCGACGGAAGUAGGAGCAUGUGAUUCAAGGUGACCACGCAGGAUUUUAGCGCAACGUCUUAUAAAGACAAGGAAAUCUCCACCAUUGUAACAACACACAUGCUUUCUUUUAUUUCUUUCUGCUCUCUUGUAUCAAGACUCACGAAUGUAAUAUAGAAAACGUAAUUACGCAGUCUUAUCACACGAAAUAAAUAAUUCAUUUUUGGAA